AUGUUCAUUGAGCGGAAGAUCUGUGGUCGAUUGGUUAGUGAGGACUAUCGACAGUUCAUGGCAUAUAAUGGCUGGACAAACAAUCUCACGUCAGCUGUGUACGAACAGUUCACGCCCACUCACCAAUUCACCAAGCUAAUCCAGGACCACACAAAUGUCGAUCCAGACGUUGCAUUCUCGUGUGUGCCUUAUGAGAAAGGAUCCGCUCUACUGUUUUAUUUAGAGCAGAAACUUGGCGGAGCAGAAGUUUUUGAACCAUACCUACGGGACUAUUUGACUACAUUCGCACACAUGGCUAUCGAUAGUUUUCAGUGGAAAAAACAUCUUCACGAGUACUUUCAUGACAAGAAGGAUAUUCUGAACACAGUUGACUUCGACGCAUGGUUCUAUGCAGUUGGCAUGCCACCGGAGAAACCGAGCUAUGCAACCCCUGCAGCAAAUAGAAUUCCUCAGUCGACAUUGUUCCAGCAUGAUCAUCCGUUAGAGCAUUGGAGACUGGCCGCAUUAAAUAGAGCGUAUGGCCUCAACGAUUCGGAGAAUAGUGAAAUUGUCCUGAAAUGGAUUCGACUAUGCGUGAAAGCGAAGUGGGAGCCAAUUAUCGACAAGGCGCUCAAAUUCGUGUCCUCUCAAGGACGCCUGAAGUUCUGCCGGCCCGUUUACAGGGACCUCACCGCUUGGCAAGCCGCCAAAAGUCGUGCUCGUGACACGUUUAUCCAGACACGUUCGUCAAUGCAUCCAAUCACUUCUGAAAUGAUUGCAAAAGACUUGCAUAUGCGACACAGUACACAUACAGUGUGCUUCUGA